CAUGGCCGGUCAAAGAUGAAAUUGAUUAUGCUUUGGAGGGAGACCACUCUGAAUGGGAAGCAGCAGCCCUCGCCAGGGUGUGGAAGUUUGUUUAGCCGUUUCUUUUUGUCCCCAGUUUACUUUUUGCUGUUAUCCUAUUUUUUAAUUUCCGUUUUUGAAUCUUAUUCUAAGAACACAGACACUCAGGUAUCUGCCAUGGUGUUGGAUCCUGAAGAAAAGAUGCCAGAUGAUGGCGCUUCUGGAGACCAUGGAGACUCUGCCAGUCUUAGUACCAUCAACCCUGCCUAUAGUAACUCCUCCCUCCCGCAGUCCACUGGGGACUCAGAGGAGCUCUUCACCACCUACUUUGACGAGAAGAUCCCCAUUCCUGAAGAGGAGUACUCUUGUUUUAGCUUCCGUAAACUCUGGGCGUUCACAGGACCUGGCUUUCUUAUGAGCAUUGCCUACCUGGAUCCAGGAAACAUCGAAUCUGAUUUGCAGUCUGGAGCAGUGGCUGGAUUUAAGUUGCUGUGGGUGCUUCUGCUGGCUACCAUCGUUGGGCUGCUGCUCCAGCGCCUUGCAGCUAGACUUGGAGUAGUCACCGGUUUGCAUCUCGCUGAAGUGUGUCACCGUCAGUAUCCCAAGGUCCCACGGAUUAUCCUGUGGCUGAUGGUGGAGCUGGCCAUCAUUGGUUCUGAUAUGCAGGAAGUCAUUGGCUCAGCCAUCGCCAUCAAUCUCCUGUCUGCAGGAAGGGUUCCCCUGUGGGGUGGAGUUCUCAUCACCAUUGCGGAUACUUUUGUAUUUCUCUUUUUGGACAAAUAUGGCUUGCGGAAGCUGGAAGCAUUUUUUGGCUUUCUCAUCACUAUUAUGGCCCUCACAUUUGGAUAUGAGUAUGUUACAGUGAAGCCCAACCAGAGCCAAGUACUCAGGGGCAUGUUCGUGCCAUCCUGUUCAGGCUGUAGCACCCCACAGGUUGAGCAGGCUGUGGGCAUCGUGGGAGCUGUCAUCAUGCCACACAACAUGUACCUGCAUUCUGCCUUAGUCAAGUCUAGGCAGGUAAACCGGGCCAAUAAGCAGGAAGUCCGAGAAGCCAACAAGUACUUUUUCAUUGAGUCCUGCAUUGCGCUCUUUGUUUCCUUCAUCAUCAAUGUCUUCGUUGUCUCCGUCUUUGCCGAAGCAUUUUUUGGGAAAACCAAUGAGCAGGUGGUUAAUGUCUGUAGAAAUAGCAGCAGCCCGCAUACCGACCUCUUUCCUAAUGACAACUCAACUUUGGCUGUGGACAUCUACAAAGGGGGUGUCGUGCUUGGAUGUUACUUUGGGCCAGCGACACUCUACAUCUGGGCAGUGGGGAUCCUCGCUGCAGGACAGAGCUCCACCAUGACAGGAACCUAUUCUGGCCAGUUUGUUAUGGAGGGAUUCCUGAACCUAAAAUGGUCACGUUUUGCCCGAGUGAUCCUGACACGCUCCAUUGCCAUCAUCCCCACUCUGCUUGUUGCUGUCUUCCAAGAUGUAGAGCAUCUAACAGGGAUGAAUGACUUUCUGAAUGUUCUGCAGAGUUUACAGCUUCCCUUUGCUCUCAUACCCAUCCUCACGUUCACAAGCCUGCGGCCAGUGAUGAGUGAGUUUUCCAAUGGAAUAGGCUGGAGGAUUGCCGGUGGAAUCUUGGUCCUCAUUGUCUGCUCCAUCAACAUGUACUUUGUAGUGGUGUACGUCCAGGAACUAGGGCAUGUGGCACUGUAUGUAGUGGCUGCAGUGGUUAGCGUGGCCUACCUGGGCUUUGUGUUUUACUUGGGUUGGCAAUGUUUGAUUGCAUUGGGCUUGUCUUUCCUGGACUGUGGGCACACGGGUCAGUCCUUCUCAUACCUGCCCCUUCUACCGCCAUUGUUUCUGAGACUGACCUGGAUGGUGCCUGAAGAUGCUGGAGACAGACCUUUGAAACCUUGUCUUGCUGAAGCAUGUGAAGGCCAGAUCGAUGGCAACAGAAUUCUUACAAAGAUGCUGUAGUAAUACAUUUGUCCCUCGGGUCAAGGUGUGUCCAGAUUCACAAACAUUGAUAGUCCAGCCCAGAGCUGCUGGGCAUGGACCUAGGGUCCUCAUGUGUGGUAGGCAAGGCCUCUCUCUGCUGCAGAUCUUACUUCCCUGUCCUACAAUUCUUCUAUGUUAUGUUUGUUUACAAUGAUAGAAGAGUUCACCAUAGAUGUUCUUUUCUGAUUCUCUGACUAUAAUAUUUUACAGUGUCAUUUGAUUGUUACUGAGAAGGUGUACUUCCAACAGUACCCUGUACAGUAAACAAUGUAUAAAGAUUUCUAGUCCUCCAUGCCAGUGUGGUUCUGGCUGUGUAUUUGUGAGCCAUCUUUGCACUUUAUCUAAAUUGGUAUUUGUUCUCAUGUGACGUGAACUAAUUGUACUCCUUCAGUGCACUGCAAGUUGACAGGCUGGGGUAUAGCUACAGCUUGGCUUGUGAGACCCUGCCAGGCUGUAGGAAGUCGCUACAACGAGGCUUUUAGUGAACCUUUAACAGCUUGUAAACUUGAUUUGUAAUUAAAAAAGAAAAAGAAAAAAAAAAAAAAGAAAGAAA